AUGUAUGCCGAGUCGAGCUUCGAAGUCACGGAAGAGAACCUGGAACACUUGUCUGAACAAGGGCUAGUGCUGAAGGUUCAGUCCAUCGCUGGACACAAAUUUGUCCUGGAUGUAACGGACUACACCCUGAAAGCCUUGUGGCAUGUGUUCGAAGCGGUUGAAGCAUCGUGGGAACCGUUGAAAAAGCUCAUGAAAGCUAUCAAGCAAGCGAGCGAGAAGGGUUAG